ACUCAGAUUGGCUUUCAGAAUUGAGAUAAGGAAACAGUGUACGUUACAAACCCAUAGCUUCUAUUAACUUACAUUUCGCUUUCUUUAUCCCUUUUGUCCGCGCAUGCUUCCCUUCAAUUUUAUUUUCAUUUUCCUUCUCCCCCUUAGUUUCUGGGUGGCCAUUCCAUUUUGAACUUCUUCUCCUUAGUUCAAUUUAGUGAAAACACCUCACAGUUUAGCUAUUUUUCUUCUCUCGUUUUGCUUCACCAACAAUUUCAUUCAGGGGGCAAAGUAGAAUGUAAAGUCCAAUCACCCCAGUCAAAUUAGCAUUGUAGGAGCUUUCAAGUGGGAAGAAGAUCCUGCAGGGUAAAGAAAUGGCUGGAGCAUUAAAAAAGUGCAUGUUGUGUUGUACAGGCGAGAUUGUCUCGAAGGAAGAUAUGGCAGGAGAAUCAUAUGAUGAAGCCAUCGCAACUCUGACCAAGCUUCUCAGUGAGAAAACUGACCUUGGUGGUGUUGCCGCCUCAAAGAUCAAGGAGUUGACAACAGAGCUUGAUGCAGCGAGUUCAAAGCUAUUUAACCCAGAUAAGAGAAUCAAAACUGGGUUCAUCCAUUUCAAGAAUGAGAAAUUCGACAAGAAUCCCAAUCUGUAUGGCGAACUUGCCAAAGGACAGAGCCCGAAGUUUAUGGUAUUUGCUUGCUCAGACUCAAGAGUUUGCCCGUCUCAUAUUCUGGAUUUCCAACCAGGUGAAGCCUUUGUAGUUCGAAACAUCGCCAACAUGGUACCACCAUAUGACAAGACGAAGUAUUCAGGAGCAGGGGCGGCCAUUGAAUAUGCAGUCUUGCAUUUAAAGGUGGAGAAUAUUGUAGUUAUUGGACAUAGUUGUUGUGGAGGUAUAAAGGGGCUCAUGUCUAUCCCAGAUAACGGGGCAACUGCAAGUGAAUUCAUAGAGCAAUGGGUCCAAAUAUGUACUCCAGCAAAGAACAAGGUUAAAGCAGAGAAAAGUGGUUCAAGUUUCUCAGAGCAGUGUAGUAACUGCGAGAAGGAAGCUGUGAAUGUAUCGCUAGGGAAUCUAUUAACUUACCCAUUUGUGAGAGAUGGGGUUGUGAAGAAAACGAUUGCUUUGAAAGGAGCACAUUACGAUUUUGUUAAUGCCACUUUUGAGUUGUGGGAUCUGAACUUCAAACUUUUGCCCUCUAUAUACAUUUAAGGUCUCUCUAAUACCAUAUAUAGUAAAAUUGCAGUACAUUGUGUACACGACUCAUUUUGCAAAUUAAGGUUUCCCGCAAAAAAGAAGCAAACAUUCAGCAAAAGUAAUGAUUUGUGAGCUAGCAGCCAUAAACUACUCUUGUUUUCUACCAUUUUCGUUUAUGAUCUGUUUUAUAUACAACAAUCCCUCUAGGUGAGAUCGGAUCUGUUUUAUAUACAAUGUUUUUAUUUUAUUUUAUUUUGAUUU